AUGACCCGCCAAACAACAGCAACCCAUUACGAAAUCCUCGGCCUCCCUCCACCCCUCCCGAACGAGCCUCCCGUGUCGGCGCAAACGCUGCGCGCAGCGUACCGCCGCGCCCUCCUCCGGCACCACCCCGACAAAUGUCCCUCCAAGCCUGCCCUGAACCCGGUUCCGGGGGAGACGCUUACCUACACGGUUGACCAGAUUACGCUUGCUUUCAGCACACUCUCCGACCCCAAGGCUCGCGCUGCGUACGAUGCUUCCCUUGCGCUUGAUCGGGCCGCCGCUACACGUGGGUUAGAUGGAGGGAAGGAGGGAAGGGAGUGGAAGACGGGGAUAGAGACGGUGGAUUUGGAUGAUUUAGAGGGGUUUGAGGAGGGAGAUGGGGAGCAGGUUUGGUUCCGGGGGUGUAGGUGUGGAGAUGAGAGGGGUUUCAUGGUUAGAGAAGGGGAUCUGGAGGAUGCGGUGCAGGAGGGGGAGGUUACGGUGGGGUGUAAGGGGUGCAGUCUUUGGUUGAAGGUGCAAUUUGGGGUUGUUGAGGAUGGGGAGGGGGGAUGA